AAUUAGCGAUUUAAAUUACAUUAAUCUCAACAAAACGGAUAUGGAUACAGAAGUUACGCCUGAGGUUCGCGAUCUACAAGACACGACCGUUACAUUGCGAUUGAACAUACCUGCAUAUUAUAAAAAACUAUUGCUUAAAGAAUGUGAAAUAGAACACCAACGAAUUAUCGAAACAGAUGUAUGCGUGAUAAAGCAGCCGAUUUUGGAGUUGAAGAAAAUAGAAAGGAUAGAGAAACAUUUUCCAAGUUGCACUGGCGCAUCUGACGUACAGGAGGUUAACAAUCUACUGAACAUUCUUCAAAAGCUCUUCCCGAAAAAGUGA